AUGUCGAGGACUUUGACGUACGAUAGACAUACUGAAGAGAACAAACCACAGUUUGAGCGCGUUUUUGGCUCGAGCUAUACGCCGAGAGUGUCGUACCAUUUCAAUCCAAAGGUGUCGAAUUACCAUUAUGGUGUGAAUCAUCCCAUGAAACCGUUCAGAUUGAUGCUGACAGAUCAUUUGGUAUCGUCCUAUGGUUUGCACAAGAUCAUGGAUCUGUAUGAGACAAGAGAAGCUACAAAAGAAGAAAUGUCACAAUUUCAUUCAUCUGAUUAUCUUGAUUUUCUAGAGAAAAUUAGUCCAGAUACUUUGAAUAAGAUACCAAGAGGUACGUUAGAAAAAUUUAAUAUAGGUUCAGAUUGUCCCAUUUUCGAAAAUAUUUACGAUUAUUCUACUUUAUACACAGGUGCAUCUCUCGAUGCAUCUCGCAAGUUAAUUAAUGGUCAAUCUGAAAUCGCAAUAAAUUGGUCAGGUGGACUACAUCAUGCAAAGAAAAAUAAUCCUUCAGGGUUCUGUUACAUUAACGAUAUUGUAUUAUCAAUCUUAAAUUUGUUACGUUAUCAUCCAAGAGUACUUUAUAUCGACAUUGACUUACAUCAUGGUGAUGGUGUCCAAGAAGCAUUUUACACCACAGAUCGAGUCUUUACUAUAUCAUUUCAUAAGUAUAAUGGUGAGUUUUUCCCCGGUACGGGGAAUUAUGAUGAAAUUGGUUGUUCUGGAGGGAAACAUUUCGCAAUGAAUGUACCUUUAAAUGAUGGUAUUGAUGACGAUUCUUAUAUCAAACUAUUUAAAUCCAUUAUAGAUCCAUUAAUCACUUCAUAUCAACCAACUGUAAUCAUACAACAAUGUGGUGCAGAUUCCUUAGGUCAUGAUAGACUAGGAUGUUUCAACCUGAAUAUAAAAGCUCAUGGUGAAUGUGUAAAAUUUGUUAGCUCCUUUGGCAUCCCAAUGUUAGUUGUAGGAGGCGGUGGUUACACUCCAAGAAAUGUUUCUAGACUAUGGGCCUAUGAAACUGGUAUACUCAACAACGUCUUGCUACCAAAGGAAUUGCCUGAAGAAUUGCCAUUUAGAGAAAACUUUGGACCAGAUUAUUCAUUAUAUCCAACUUUAGAUGAUCUGUACGAAAAUAAAAAUAGUAAAAGACAUUUGGAAGAUCUUAGAAUACGAAGUCUUGAACAAAUCAGAUUUUUACAAGGUGCCCCAAGUGUUAGAAUGGAUAGUGAAUUAAUUCCAACGGAGGAUAUCUCUGGACUAACACAAGAAGAAGAGGAAGCUAUUAACGAACUGAAUGAAGAGGGGAAAUUCGAUGCUUGGAGAUUGAAUAAAAUUGAGAGAGAAAAUGCGCAACUCGGUGAGUUCAUUUGA